UGGGAUUCCACUCCAGUUCCGAGAUUUCUGUCAGGUCUCCUGUCCUGAAUCCUCAUACUGCCGUCUCCGUAACGGGAAGUAGUUCUCUAGGUCGUCCCUAGCUGCUUAGAACACCACGCUUCGGAGCCGCGCCGUCCGGAUGUGCUUGUGGUCUGGCACACUUUCGGCUCACGCGCUAGGCGUAUUACAGUUUGUCAGUGGUGUACCUAGUCGCUGACCAUUGGCUGAGGAAAUGGACCAAUCAGAGGCGAAGGAUGCUGCAGCGGCGAUCGUCGCUCCGGGGACGGUGGCAGGCGACGGAACGGCGACGGAAUCGACGGUCGCAGACGCCAGCAGCUUCGGAUUGCCGUUCAUCUUGAAUUACUGGAAGGAGUUCGACCUGGAGAGCGCACGGACGUCACUGGACGAGCAAGGGUUGAAGAUUGCCGAGAACCAGGAGGCGAGCACCAAGAACCGGCGGAAACUAGCAGAGUCAACGAGGGGAGGCGAGCACCAAGAACCGACGGAAGCUAGCGGAGUCGACUAGGUGUAGGUUUGAGUGGGUUCAAUCAAAGGCCUUCAAAUGCCAUGAAGAGCUGGUUGCGAGCACCAGGAAUCGGAGAAAGCUAG